GUCCUUUUCGCCAGUUUUCAGAAGUGUCUGCCAGCCAGUCAAGAAAAUUCGUUUUCAUGUAAAUUAUAAUUGAUUUCAUUAAUAAGAAAGCCUUCAUUCAUAUUGUCACUGAGUCAAAAUGAAUGCAAUCAUUAACCCACUGUCAAAAUUUAACAGACUCUCUAUACAGAUUCUACAGAACAGAAGUUUUUCUAACAAAGCAUCAAUAGAGAAGAUUUUGAUUGCAAACAGAGGUGAGAUAGCUUGUAGAGUGAUAAAGACAGCUAGAAGUCUUGGUAUUAAGACUGUAUCUGUUUACAGUGAUGCAGACAGAAAUGCCCUACAUGUUUCUAUGGCUGAUGAGGCUUAUCAUAUAGGACCUGCAGCAGCAAACCAGAGCUAUCUGUGUCAAGAUAAAAUCCUUGAUGUUGCUAGGAAGUCAGGAGCUCAAGCCAUCCAUCCAGGCUAUGGUUUCUUGUCAGAAAAUGUAGAGUUUGCAGAACUAUGUGGGGAGAAAGGAAUUAUUUUUAUUGGACCACCCUCAACAGCUAUCAGAGAUAUGGGAAUUAAAAGCACAUCAAAAUCUAUAAUGUCUGCAGCAGGUGUGCCCAUUAUAGAAGGAUACCAUGGUGAGGACCAAUCAGAUUCUAGAUUGAAACAGGAAGCUGCUGCUAUUGGCUACCCAGUUAUGAUCAAAGCUGUGAGAGGAGGAGGUGGAAAGGGUAUGAGGAUAUCUAUGACAGAGUCAGAGUUUGAUGAACAGUUAGAAUCAGCACGUAGAGAGGCCAUGAAAUCAUUUGGUGAUCAAGUCAUGCUCAUUGAAAAAUUUGUAGAAAUGCCAAGACAUGUAGAAGUUCAGGUGUUUGGAGACAAACAUGGGAAUUAUGUGUAUUUAUAUGAGAGGGAUUGCAGUGUUCAGAGAAGACAUCAGAAAAUUAUUGAAGAAGCUCCAGCACCAGGCUUGACAGAGGAGACAAGGAGAGCUAUUGGUGAAGCAGCUGUACGAGCAGCACAGGCAGUGAACUAUGUAGGGGCAGGUACUGUAGAGUUUAUAAUGGAUAAAGAUCAGAAGUUUUACUUUAUGGAAAUGAACACAAGAUUACAGGUUGAACACCCAGUCACUGAGAUGGUGACAGGUACUGAUCUAGUAGAUUGGCAAAUUAAGGUUGCAGCUGGAGAACCAUUACCUGUAAUACAGAGUGAUAUUAAGUUGAAUGGACAUGCUUUCGAGGCACGUAUAUAUGCUGAAGAUCCAAACAACAGUUUUAUGCCAGGGGCUGGACCCUUAUUACACCUGUCACCCCCACAGUGUGACAGGAACACAAGGAUAGACACAGGGGUGAGGCAAGGAGAUGAGGUGUCAGUACACUAUGACCCUAUGAUAGCCAAGUUGAUAGUAUGGUCAGAGGAUCGCGAGUCAGCUCUACGAAGAUGUCGCUCAGCACUUACACAGUACCAGGUUCUAGGAUUGAACACAAAUAUACAGUUUUUAACAGAUCUGGCUAAACAUCCAGAGUUUAUGAAAGGAAAUGUGCAUACUGAUUUCAUCCCACAGUUCUCACAGGAUCUGUUUCCGGAACAUGUUACCAGCACAACAGCUGUCUGCCAGGCAGCAGUUGCUAUGGUGAUUCAGCAAUCACAGAAAAUUGAAAAAGAAGCCAAAAAUACUCAAGAUCCAUUUUCACCAUUUUCCAUGUGUUCAUCAAUGAGAAUAAAUCAGAAUCCAACUAGAUGGAUUAAUUUACUAGAUGGAGAAAAAGAACUGAAAAUGGAAGUAGUAACAAACUUAGAUGGUUCAUACAUUGUUAACUUUGCUGGUCAGAGUUACACAGUAUUAGCUAAUAUAGAACAGUCAGGGGAUAAAACCAACAUCAUUACUAUCAUAGAUGGUGUCAAAACACAAGCUUCUAUUGUAACAGUUGGAAACUCACUUCAUCUUUUCACUGCUGAAGGACAGCACGAGUUAAAGUUACCAAUACCAAAGUUUAUGUUAUCAACUGGGGAAGGUGGUAGCCUGGGAGAUGCUGUAUCACCUAUGCCAGGGGUCAUAGAAAAGGUCACUGUCACACCAGGUACAAGUGUAGAGAAAGGAGACCCACUUGUUAUUAUGAUAGCUAUGAAAAUGGAGUAUGUAAUCAGAGCUCCUAAAUCCGGUAUUGUAGAAUCAGUAUUUUAUAAAGUUGGUGAUACAGUACAGAAGGGUGUGGCACUUGUACAUUUCCAGGACAACAAGUCAGCUAACCAAUCAGAUGACAGCAGUAAAACAGACUGAUUCAUCUGAAGCAUGAAAUAUAAAGAUAUUAAACAACAUGUUUAUACUGGAAAGAUUCUGUGAUAAAUUGUAAAAUAUCAUGAACAAAUUGAUUUUUAGUCCGACUAUACAACGAUUAUGGAGAGCUGUCCUACUCACCCUGGCAUCCAUGUCCAGUUUUCAGAUUUAAGUUUUUGUGCUGUAAAAUAUGUUCUACUAUAUCUUACGGUAUCAACUUCAAAUAUAUGUUCCUAGUCAUCAACCAUGUUUUGUCGAACAAGGUUCGUAACUCUGGAAGCAAUAUUUCCAUAUUUAUCCCCCACCCCCUGAACUUCCUUAAAACAUGUUAUUUUUAGCUUAACUUUUUCGAAGAAAAUAAAAACUAUUGCCACAGUCAUAGUGAUGUUGCUGUUGCCACAAACUUUAACAUUGGUAAUCAUUUUUUAUUUCUCAAUGGAUUGUCUCCAUACUUGGACACAAAAACCCUUUGAACAAGACGAAGUAGACCACAGAAUGACCUUGGCCAUCACUCUUAAUGACCUUUAAGGUGAAAUGUUUGAAUUUUGCUAGAUUUUUUUCGAUAAAUUGAUAGAAUUUUGUUAUUUAUAAAAGAAUUGUCUUCAUACUUGAACACAAAUAUUCUUUGGACAAGACUUUUAAGUAGACAAAAUUGUUUUUGACUUUUACUCAUCAAUGACCAAGACUUCAACUUGAAGGUCAUAUUGAAAUUUGCUGGAUUUUUGCUAUAAUUAGUUAUAACUUUAUCAUUUAUGAAUCGAUUGUCUUCAUACUUGAGCACAACUACCUUAAAGACCUUCAAAGUGAGUUUGACCUUUAGACCGAAAUGAGAUUGACAUUGCGUGCGUGUGAUCUUGCGUGCGUGCAUGUGUUAUAGUGAACUUAAAAAACACAACACUAUUCCAAUUUCAACCAAACUUGGCAGGAGUGAUCCUUGUGUGAAGGGCUACCAUCAGCAGUGAAGAUGAUGGCUUCAAUGUUUUGGGAUAGUCAGGGGAUAAUCAUGAUUGACUAUCUUGAGCAAGGUCAUACCAUAAACUGUACGUACUAUCCAGACGAAUCAAAAAAUCGCGCAUAAAAGGAGGGGCAAACUGACUCAAGGCAUUCUGCUCCUGCACGACAAUGUGCCAGCUCACACAUCCCAAGUUGCGAUGGCUCCUGCAACUGACUGCGACUUUGAAAUUCUUCCCCCAUAUUCUGCAGACUUGGCCCCCCUUGACUCCUACCUGUUUCCGAAACUGAAAACCAAGCUUCCUGGUAGAUGUUUUGGAAGCAAUGAAGGUGUCAUGCAGGCGGUCAAUGAGUUCUUUGAGGGCCAAAAUAGAGAGUUCUAUUUUGAAGGGUUAAACCAGUUGGAGCACAGGUGUGCAAAGUGCAUUGAUGUAGAGGGCUAUUAUAUUGAAAAGUAAGAUCAGUUGAGUUCUCUGACUACCGUAAGUACAUCGGGCCAAGAACGUUUUGAUCAAUCCUCGAAUUUGAAAAGUUUUAUAUUUUUUCUGAAGUAUUAAAUUAACUUUGUUAUUAGAAAUGAUAUCUACUUUAGACUUUAGAUAAUUGCUCUUUGUCAUUACGUCAUGUUUGACAAGGUUCAUAUCUCUAGCAUCUUAAUUUCAAGAGUUAUUUCCUCUAUGAUCUUAGAAUUUUUUACUUUCAAAACUUUUUUUUUUGCUCUUAUCAUUUUUGUUACCGAAGGGAUUGACUUCAGGUUUCAAAUUGUUGUCUUUUCCAUUACAGCAUAGAAAUGUCUGUUUAAUUUUUAGUGACUGUUUAAUAUUUAGUGACAUGGUCACAUGCAUAUUAUGUGGUGCAAAAAUGUUGAACAUUUGAGUGGAGCUUGCUUGAUGCUGAUACAAAAAUAUAUUUAUAUCAUAAUUGAUUUUUUUUUUCAUAGUUUUGUCUUCCUUUUUGGUGUCCAGUAUUUAAUUAGUCGAGUGUGCUGUCUCCAUUGACAGGUCUUGUUUGUUGUUUUACUAAAAAGAAAUUUGUGUAUUCUUUGAACCACUUGAUAUUUAAUGGCAACACUUCAUUUCUAGCUUAUUUAUAAAUGAAUUUGUGAAUAAGUCCAAGAAACCGUGAUGAUUAUCAUUUAGAUAUUAGCUUAAUUAAAGCAGCAUGAAUCUAGAUGUGUGUACAUUUUAAUGAAUUGGUAAAUUUUGUUAUAAACUACAGUGUAAUAUAGUGGCUUAGUGUAUGGAUAAAAAAAUGAUCAAUAUCACAUUGUCAUGAGAAAUAAAGUAAUUUGCAUUAAAAUUAAUGUCAAACAUGUGCUUGAAUAAUUUUACAUUUCUUGUACUACAUGUAUAAAAUAUUAUCCUAAAAAAGAUGUGAUUUCUGAUCUGAAGGCAUACAUCUGUUGAGCUAUCAACUCUAAUGUUUGUAAACCCAACAUAUCUUAUGUUAAUAUAUGUGCUUGUAAAUGUUAAUUAUAAAUUUGAAGAAUAUUAUGGAUCAGUAUUGUUAAUGAAACUAGUAAGGGCAUUUUUUUUUAGAUUUUGUGUGUUUUUUAACAAUAGAUAUGUAUGCAUGUUUUGGUUGUUUGUGGGAUUAACAAUAGAUAUGAAAAUAUAUGCAUGUUUUUUGACAUUGGAAAAUGUAUGUAUGUUUUUUGACAUUGGAAAAUGGAACUUCCAUUUUUUCUAUAGAAAUAUUUUAACAUGGUUCCCAUUAUAUCUCCAUAAAACAGUGACAAGUUUUUCAGUGGCUAUUAAUAGUUCUGUGCAUUUGUAAUUUCAUUUUUAAUUGGAUAACCAUGAUGUUUAUAUAUAUAUAUAUAUAUACACACACACACACACACACACACACACACAUGGUUGUUGUCAACAUAUCAACUUAUUUCGUCAUAUAAAUAGAUUUUGCUGUUGUAUAAAUUGAUAAUGAAUAUUUUUGGCAGAUUUGAUGUUCCUGUAUAAAUGGUGGUUCAUUUUGGGCCAUAUAACCUAAAUAAUAUACUUAAAAAUGGAUUGUUGUGUCAUUUAAUGAAAACGCAUUAAUUAAUAUUCUUAUUGACAUUGGGUAGAUAACUUUUCUGUUGUAUGAAGUUUAACAUUUUAGAAUGAAACUGGAAUUAUCAAAUAAUAUUUGCAAGGUUUAUCGUAUUGCACAUCUGUACUCUUACAAUGUUAUAUGACAAGUUAAUUAUGAUACCUUUUUACAAGUCAACUCUCACCUAUUGAUGACUUUUAUUAAAUUGAUGUGUGUUUGUUAAUAGAUUAUGUUUAGAUCAGCUUAUUAUGUUGAGAUAUAUAGGAUUAACUGUCAUUUUGACGUGUCUUUUAAUGAAUUGAUGACAAUACUCCCAUAUUGUAUACAGUUGUGAGCAUUAAAUUAAACAUAUUAAUUAG